AAAAAAAAUAUGGGCCUUGGCUGGGAUGUUGUAUGUCUUUGCUGAUCUGGUCAUGUGUUUGGUUUGAGCAGACGACACGAGAUAGAUUGAGAGGAUAUAGACAGACAGAGAUAUGGCGAAGAAAGACGAGAACUUGAAGAAGAGGAAGAGGAAGGAGGAGGAGGAGGAGGGGGAGGGGGUGAAGCAAGUUGCGAAAGAGGUGGUUGAGAAAUCAGACGAUGGCGAUGAUAAGACGACGUCGAGUUCAACAACAACAACAGCAGCAGCGGCUACGACAGACGAGCCGGCCAAGAAGAAACCCAAGCGGGAGAAAACCAAGGACCGCGCGAAGAAAACCCAGGAGAUCAAAGCGCCGCCGACGGUAGACGAGCAGUACGCGGAGUAUAAGCGGUACCUCGACGCCUACGCGGGCGAUCGCGGCGCGUGGAAGUUUUCAAAGCAGAAACAGAACUGGGUUAUCCGGCAUUUGUUUUCGACGGAGGUGGUGUUGCCGGAGUCGUGGCAUGGGCCGGUUUUGGAGUAUCUUGAAGGAUUACCGGAGGGAGGGGCGAGGGAGCGGAUUAUUGGCGAUGCGAGGAAAGUUAAAGGCGGGAAGAAGGCCGCGGAGGAUCAAGAGAAGGAUGGGAAGGAAAGCGGGGAGGUAAAGGGGGUGGUUUACGAUGAGAAUAUGGUUGCGUGGGCGACUAAGGUGUUGACGGCUUUGGUUGGAGAGGAGCAGGAGUCAAGUGAUGAGAGUAGUGAUGAGAGUAGUGAUGAUGAGUCUGGCAGUGAAUCUGACUCUUCGUCGUCGUCAUCAGCAUCUUCUUCUUCCGCGUCGUCGUCGUCAUCCUCUUCUUCCGAGUCAUCGUCGUCAUCGGCAUCCUCAUCAUCCAGUUCAGGUUCGGAUUCAGACUCAGACUCGGACUCUAGCUCAGAUUCAGAUUCAGACUCGGGCUCGGACUCAAGUUCAGACUCAGACUCAAGUUCAGACUCAAGCUCCGACUCUGAAUCUGAAGAGGGAGAAGAAGAGGAAGAUGCCACGAAACCGAAACCUUCUACAAAGUCAGACUCAGACUCAGAUUCGGGCUCUUCAGACUCCAGCUCAGACGACUCGGACUCUGAAGCUGAGAAGACGACGAAAUCGAAAUCAAGUGCGAAAUCAGACUCUGAUUCGGACUCCAGCUCUGAUUCGGACUCGAGCUCUGAUUCGGACUCCUCAGAUUCCAGCUCUGACUCGGACUCGGACUCCAGCUCUGAUAGCUCGUCGUCCGAAGAUUCAGACUCUGACUCCUCCUCCGACUCUGACUGAUGUAUACGAUUGUAAUCUACGAAUAUAUAUUAGACUGCAUCUAUCGAAUAUGUAACCACGUACUG